UCCUCAAAUCACUUCCUUCAUUAAUCUAGUGUUGGCGUUCGCGCUGUUAGAGAUGGCGAUGGAGAAUUUCAAGCAGUUCCUGUUCGCUUUGUCCGCUGCGGUUACCGUUGGUUUUGUCUCGAUAAUUUUUGUUUUGAGAUGGGUUUUCUACUUCAAGGAAGGUUUAGCAUGGGAUGGAGGACUGGCCGAAUUCAAUUGGCACCCGGUUUUAAUCGUUACCGGGUUCAUUUUUAUGCAGGGAAUUGCCAUUGUCGUGUAUAGGUUGCCAUGGACCUGGAAGUGCAGCAAGUUAAUGAUGAAGUUUAUUCAUGCUGGCUUAAACAUACUGGCCUUCAUUUUYGCUGCCAUAUCUCUGGUAGCAGUAUUUGACUUCCACAACGCACAAAACAUCCCCAACAUGUACAGCCUGCACAGCUGGGUGGGGCUAGCAGCUGUGAUACUUUAUUCACUACAGCUUGUCCUGGGAGUGUGUAUAUACCUGAUACCCAUCACCCCGACAUACCUGAGAGCCGCGUUUAUGCCCCUGCACAUCUACAGUGGCCUGUUCAUCUUUACCAGUGUCAUAGCCACUGCACUUAUGGGCAUCACAGAGAAGCUCAUUUUUGGCCUGAAAAAUCCCAGUUACAAAGACUCUCCCCCAGAGGCCACCUUUGUGAAUGUGCUGGGAGUACUUAUAGUUAUUUUUGGAGGAAUCAUCCUCUGGAUCGCUACUCGCCCCUCUUGGAAACGCCCCAGUGAGCAGGUCCUGCGCUCCCCGCCUACUAACGGGGGUGGGUCAGUUGGCACCAAAGUGUCUCAACAAACUGACCCGAUUGACCCCAAAGGCAAUGGAGAUGCCAGAAGAAGGAGUGGUAAAUUGGAGGACUCCGGACAGGUCAACUGAGUAACAUGAAAUCCAACUGCUGAUUCUGUCUGUCUGUUGAUGCUUUAAAAAGUUGCAUUUAUCUACUGGCAUUCCCUCAGCAAAUGUAAACCUUUGUUCCAAAUAGCACCUUGAGGAAUUGUUUCCAACAGUUCCAGAAUGUUGAUCUUUAAACAGUUUUUUUAUUUGAUGUAAUUGAAUGUAAUGGACAAUGAUUUGAUAAAGGAUUUAACUAGCCUAUUGAAGAUUAGACAGAUUAUCAAAUAUACUGAACAAAAAUAUAAAUUCAACAAUGUCAAAUUUUUUACUGAGUUACAGUUUAUACAAGGAAAUCAG